AUGUCGGACGAUGACGGUAUGGAUGGUAAUGAUGAUUUUGAACUUGAUUACGAAAAUACAGAUGAAGAACCAGAUGCUGAUCUUGAAAAUCAAUAUUAUAAUUCAAAAGCUUUAAAAGAAGAUGAUCCGUUUGCUGCUAUUGAAAGUUUUAAAAAAGUUUUAGCAUUAGAACAAAAAAGUGGUGAAAAAGGUGAUUGGGGUUUUAAAGCACUUAAACAAAUGAUGAAAAUUUAUUUUAAAAUGGAAAAUUAUGAUGAAAUGUUAGCAUGUUACAAAGAAUUAUUGACUUAUAUUAAAUCGGCCGUAACACGAAAUGUAAGUGAAAAAUCAAUAAAUUCAAUUCUUGAUUAUAUAUCAACAUCAAAACAAAUGGAUUUAUUACAAAAUUUCUAUGAAACAACAUUAGGUGCAUUAAAAGAAACAAAAAAUGAACGUCUUUGGUUUAAAACAAAUUUAAAAUUAGGUAAAUUAUAUGAAGAACAACAAGAUUAUGUUAAAUUACAAAAAAUUCUUAAAGAAUUACAUAAAUCAUGUCAAACAUCAGAAGGUACCGAUGAUCAGCGUAAAGGUACACAAUUACUUGAAGUUUAUGCAUUAGAAAUUCAAAUGCAUACAUUACAAAAAAAUACUAAAAAACUAAAGCAAUUAUAUGAAUUAUCAUUACAUAUAAAAGCAGCUAUACCACAUCCACUUAUCAUGGGUGUUAUAAGAGAAUGCGGUGGAAAAAUGCAUUUACGUGAACAAGAAUAUGAAAGAGCACAUACUGAUUUUUUUGAAGCAUUCAAAAGUUAUGAUGAAUCUGGUUCACCACGUCGUACAACAUGUUUAAAAUAUCUUGUUCUUGCUAAUAUGCUUAUGCGUUCAACAAUAAAUCCAUUUGAUUCUCAAGAAGCUAAGCCAUAUAAAACAGAUCCUGAAAUACAAGCUAUGACAAAUCUCGUUGGUGCCUAUCAAAAUAACGACAUUAAAGAAUUUGAAACUAUUUUACGUACAAAUCGUCAAGCUAUUAUGGAUGAUCAAUUUAUUCGUGAACAUAUUGAAAUACUUUUACGUACAAUACGUACAAAAGUUCUUGUAAAAUUAAUAAAACCUUAUACAAAAAUACGUAUUGAAUUUAUUGCACAAGAAUUAAAUAUACCUAUGGAUGAUGUUGAAAGUUUAUUAAUAUCAUGUAUACUUGAUCAAACGAUAACAGGAAAAAUUGAUCAAGUUAAUCAUGUACUUGAACUUGAUCAACAACAAAAUAUACAAGGUUUACAUCGUUAUGCUGCUAUAUCAAAAGUAUCAACACAGUUACAAAGUGUUCAACAUGCUAUUCUUCAAAGAUUUAAUUAA